UUUUUUUUGGUUUUUAUUUUGUCAAUUCGUUAACAUUAAGUCGAAAAGAAAAACAAUCUGUCAAACCAACCAAAUGAAAACAGUAAUUGUUGUGUAUUGCCAAACAAGAAACCCCUCUAAAGUCCAACUCAAAAAAAGCCCCAACUCCAAAUUCCCAAAACCUUCUUCCUUCUCAUAACUUCACUGCAAAACCAUAAAACCAAUACAACACCCAACUAAAAAGCUCAACCGAAAAAUCAAUGGCGGAUUCAUCGCAGUCUCCGUCCCCGGCGACGUCGACGUUGUUGUCGGCAAUGGCGGCUUUAUCAGACAAGGAAAGAGAAGAAAUGUUGGAAAGAAUGCUUACCAACUUAGCAUUUUGCGACGAUUCCAAGCUUCAAAGCUUACUUGCAAACCUUCUUCCUCGCGCUAUCGCUUGUCUCUCCUCUCAAUCAACUGCAAUUCGCAACAAGGUACUUGAAAUACUGAGUCAUGUAAAUAAGCGUGUGAAACAUGAGGCAGGGAUUGGCUUGCCAUUAUCUGAAUUGUGGAGUAUGUAUUCUGAAGCUACCACUGCUCCAAUGGUCCGGAACUUUUGCAUCAUCUACAUUGAGAUGGCAUUUGAGCGUUCACAAAUAGAGGUUCAGAAAAGUAUGGCUCCCAAUCUCUUAGUGAACAUUUCAAAGCUUCCUCCUCAGCACCAAGCAAUAAUAUUGAGAGUAGUUGUAAAGGUCAUUGGAGAAGCCCAUUCUGUUAAGAUUGAUGAAGAAAUUGCUGCAAAAUAUAGUAUGACGAGAGGUUCUCAGGACUCUGAAAUGUUUGUUGAUUUUUGCUUGCACACUGUGUUGUACCAACCUACAUCUCAAAGUGGCGGAUGUCCAGCCGGUCUUUCUAUAUCCCUGGCAGAACGUGUCACUGGGAAGCAACCACUAAAAAAUGAGAUUCUUUUGAGUAGGAAGUUAGGGAUAUUGAAUGUCAUUGAAUCCAUGGAUCUUCCAGCAGAUAUUGUUUACCCAAUAUAUCUAGCUGCCUCUGCAGACAGUCAAGAGCCUAUUGCUAAGAGAGGGGAGGUACUUUUGAAGAAGAAGGGAUCUAUGGCUGAUUUAGAUAAUCCAACUCUUAUCAAAAAGCUGUUUUUACUAUUCAAUGGAAAUGCUGCUACUGAAACAAUUGCUCCAGAGAAUAAAGUUUCACCUGCAUAUUAUCCUUUGAAGACUAGGCUGAUGUCUGUAUUUUGUCGGUCCAUUGCAGCUGCAAAUAGUUUCCCUGCUACUUUGCAGUGCAUCUUUGCCUGUAUAUAUGGAAAUGAUACCACUCCAAGACUAAAGCAGUCGGGAAUGGAAUUUGCUUUCUGGGUUCUAAAACAUGCAAGAAUGGAUCAACUUAAGCUUAUGGGCCCUCUCAUAUUGACUGGAAUUCUGAAGUCUCUUGACGGGACAAACAAUCGAGAAGCAGAUUCUAUAUCUCGGGAGACCAGGACAUUUGCGUAUCAAGCAAUUGGAAUGCUUGCUCAGCGCAUGCCUCAGCUUUUCAGGGAUAAGAUAGACAUGGCUGUUCGUCUUUUCGAUGCUUUGAAAUCUGAGUCUCAGCUUCUUCGAUUGGUCAUUCAAGAGGCUACAAGCUCCCUUGCCUCUGCCUAUAAGGGAGCAUCUUCCAGCAUAUUAAAAGAUUUAGAGCAACUCUUGCUCGAUAACUCACAAGUGGACAAAAGUGAGGUGCGAUUUUGUGCUGUGAGGUGGGCGACAUCAUUGUUUGAUUUGCAGCACUGUCCUAGCCGUUUUUUAUGUAUGGUUGCAGCAGCUGACCCAAAGUUGGAUAUACGGGAAAUGGCAACUCAGGGGCUGUUCCCUGAUGAAGGAAGAUCCAUUAGCCAAAAGAUAGAUCUUAAAUAUCCCAGAGUUAGAGACAUGUUGGAUUGUAUCAUCAAGCACCAACCAAAAGUGUUAGAAGUUGCAGAUAUAGAAAUGAGGGAGCAACUCCUUUUUCCCUCCAAGACAUAUGAUGCCAUGAUUAAAUUUCUUUUGAAGUGCUUUGAGUCUGACAUGCUACAAGAUGACUCAAAGACAGCUGAAUUCCAGCCUAUUGUGGAAGCAUUGUGCUCUCUUAUUGAACAUGCUAUGGCUAUUGAAGGUUCUGCUGAGCUGCAUGCUAAUGCUUCCAAGGCUUUGAUUGAAAUAGCAGCUUACUUUCCCGAGGUCUUGGCAUUACGGUAUGCCUCAAAAAUUAAUUGGUUGAAGCAAUUACUGAGGCAUGUAGACUUUGAUACGCGUGAAUCUGCUGCUCGUUUGCUUGGAAUAGCUUCGUCAGCUUGUCCUAUUGCUGUGUCAUCUUCCCUGAUAAGUGAAUUGACUGCUGUUAUUACUCCUACUAGUGGACCACAUAAAACGAGAUUUGAAAUGCAGCAUGGGGCUUUAUGUGCUAUAGGGUUUGUUACUGCUGAUUGUCUAUCUAGAGCACCUGAGGUGCCAGAAGCAGUACUUCAGGAUACUGUAAAAAGCCUGGUUGAUAUUGUUAACCUUGAAACUGCUACAGUGGCUUCUAUCGCAAUGCAAGCACUUGGACAUAUUGGAUUACGUGUAGCAUUGCCAUCACUUGUUAAUGAUUCUGGUCCUGCGUCUGUGUUGACUGUUCUGCGGGAAAAGCUGGGCAAACUUCUUGCUGGAGAUGAUACAAAAGCAAUAAAGAAAAUUGCUAUAUCUCUGGGGCAUAUAUCCAUGAAGGAAGGCUCACCUUCUAGUUAUAAUGUUGCUCUAGAACUUAUAUUUGGUCUCUGUCGUUCAAAGGCUGAGGAUGUUCUAUUUGCUGCCGGGGAGGCUCUUGCAUUUGCUUGGGGUGCUGUUCCUGUGGAUGCUGAUGUUAUUUUAAAAACCAACUAUACCUCACUUUCAAUGACUUCAAAUUUUCUUCUGGAAGAUGUUUCUUCUUCUUGGUUGAAAAAAAAUUACAAUGAUGAGAAUGAAUCCAAUAAGGAUGCUCGAGAUAUGGCCCGAGAUUUAAUUACCAAAAAAAUAUUUGACACUCUUUUGUACAGCAGCAGGAAAGAGGAGCGCUGUGCUGGGACUGUCUGGUUGUUGUCAUUGACCAUGUAUUGUGGCCGUCAUCAUACGAUUCAAAAAUUGCUUCCAGACAUUCAGGAAGCCUUCUCACAUUUAUUGGGCGAGCAAAAUGAACUUGUUCAGGAGUUAGCGUCACAAGGAAUGAGUCUUGUUUAUGAACUUGGUGAUGAUUUAAUGAAGAAGAGCUUAGUGAAUGCACUUGUUGGCACUUUGACUGGUUCAGGGAAGAGAAAGAGAGCUGUCAAGCUGGUAGAGGAUUCAGAAGUCUUUCAAGAGGGAACUAUUGGUGAUAGUCCCAGUGGUGGAAAAUUGAGCACAUAUAAGGAGCUGUGCAACAUGGCAAAUGAGAUGGGCCAGCCAGACCUUAUAUAUAAGUUCAUGGACCUUGCUAAUUAUCAGGCAGCUCUAAAUUCUAAGAGAGGAGCUGCCUUUGGAUUUUCUAGGAUAGCAAAACAUGCUGGCGAUGCUCUUCAACCUCAUCUCCGUUUGUUGAUUCCAAGGCUGGUACGCUAUCAGUAUGAUCCUGAUAAAAAUGUCCAGGAUUCAAUGGCACACAUAUGGAAGUCGCUUGUCGUUGAUUCGAAGAAAACAAUUGAUGAACACUUCGAUCUUAUUCUAGAUGAUUUAUUGGCUCAGUGUGGUUCUAGGCUUUGGCGCUCUCGUGAGUCUUCAUGUCUUGCACUUGCAGAUAUUAUUCAGGGACGCAGGUUUGAUUAUAUUGGGAAGCACCUUAAAAAGCUCUGGAUGGCUGCAUUCCGUGCUAUGGAUGAUAUAAAGGAGACAGUCAGGAAUUCUGGUGAUAAGUUAUGUCGUGCUGUCAGCUCCCUCACUAUAAGGCUCUGUGAUGUUUCACUCACUGAUAAAUCUGAAACUAGCCAAGCUAUGGAUAUUGUGCUGCCACUUCUCUUAGCAGAAGGGAUUAUGAGUAAAGUUGAUAGCAUACGCAAGGCAUCUAUUGGAUUGGUUAUGAAGCUUGCAAAGGGUGCAGGAAUUGCUAUCCGUCCACAUUUGGCUGAUUUAGUGACUUGCAUGCUGGAGAGUUUGUCAAGUCUGGAAGAUCAAGGACUCAAUUAUGUUGAGCUGCAUGCGGCAAGCAUCGGAUUACAGAAAGAUAAGCUUGAAAAUUUACGGAUUUCAAUUGCAAAAGGCUCUGCAAUGUGGGAAACUCUUGAGCUAUGCAUUGACGUAGUAGAUGAGCCAUCAUUAGAUCUUUUGGUUCCUCGGCUUGCUCAGUUGGUCAGAUCUGGGGUUGGUCUCAAUACUAGGGUCGGUGUAGCAUCUUUUAUUACCUUACUGGUACAAAGAGUCAAUCUUGAGAUUAAACCCUUCACAGGAACGCUGCUGAGGCUUUUGUUCCCUGCUGUCAUUGAGGAAAGAAGCGCAUCUGCAAAGCGUGCCUUUGCCAGUGCUUUCGCCAUGGCCCUGAAGUAUUCAACGCCUACUCAGGCUCAACAAUUUAUUGAGGAAGUGGCUGCACUACAUGCAGGUGACAGGAAUGCUCAGGUGUCUUGUGCUGUUCUACUAAAAAGUUGCGCGUCGUUAGCUGCUGAUGUCUUGAGUGGUUAUCAUGUGACAAUAUUACCCGUGAUUUUCAUUUCAAGAUUUGAGGACGAUAAGCAUGUGUCUUGCUUAUUUGAAGAGGUGUGGGAAGAAAAUACUAGUGGUGAUAACGUCACUCUUCAAUUGUAUUUGGGAGAGAUAGUUUCACUUAUUACAGAUAGCAUCACUUCAUCAUCUUGGAACUCCAAACGAAAGGCAGCACAAGCAAUUACUAAACUUAGUGAGACAUUGCAUGAAUCGCUUUCCACUCAUUGUCAAGUUCUACUGAACUCGUUGCUGAAGGAGAUUCCUGGUCGACUGUGGGAGGGAAAGGAUGCUCUUCUAAAUGCAUUAGCUGCCCUUUGCACAUCUUGCCACAAUGUUAUUUCUUCUGCCAAUCCAUCAGCUGCUAAUGAUGUCCUAAGUGUGGUUACCACUGCAUGCACUAAGAAGCAGAAGAAAUUUCAAGAAGCAGCUCUAUGUGCUUUAGAUCAGGUUAUCAAGGCUUUCGAUUCACCAGAGUUCUUUAAUGCUGUUUUCCCAUUGUUAUGUGAGAUGUUUGAUCCAGCUGCAGGAGAUAAAUGUACACAAGAACCAUCAGGAAGCACUUCCCUUAAAUCAGGUUCUGAUAAGGAAAAAGAUAGUUAUGUGCCACGUAGUAAAAUUUUAGAUUGCACCACGUCUUGCAUAAGUGUUGCUCCUAUUAUUGAUGUUCUUCAACAAAAGCACAACUUGAUGUUGCUGUUAUCCCAUGCCUUAUCACCUGCAUUUCCGUGGACAGUCAAAGUGUCGGCAUUUAUUACCAUAAAGAAGCUAUGUUCAAAGUUAAAAGCUACUGUAUGUGGUUCCACCCUAGAAGAUCCUUUACUUGCUGGUGCAGUGGCAUUAAUCAAUGAGUUAUUCAUCAGUGCAUCUGGCAAAAUUGUGGAUUGUAUUAGCAAUGUUAAGAUCGCACAGGUUCAUGUUGCUGCUGCUGAGUGUUUGCUGGAAGUGAUUGAAGUCUAUGGAGCUAUUAAACCAGCGUCUGCAGUAGAUGAAGGGUUUAAAGAAAAUCUAGCUCAGUUGUGUGAAAAUGAAAAAAAUGAACUGGCAAAAUCAUUGUUGAAAAACUGUAUAGUCCACCUUGAGAAGUUGUAAGCAGUCCCGCAUUGAUAAAUCAUGAAAUUUUGGAUUGCUGUUAACUAUUAAAGCAGGAACGAGCUGUGAGUUCAUAAAUUUAUCCAGAUGCUAGUUGAAUUUGUACAAAGGAAACGCAUAGAUUACGAGUCAGCUCAAACGUUAUUGCACUAGUAAUUAGCUGGUGUAUGGGCUCUCUUCUCUCAGCUCCGCAUAUGUUGUUGAUACAAGGUUUUUAUACAAGUUCAACAUUACAGGACACUAAAUUGUGUAUCUCUUACAACAGUUUGGAGCAAGUAUUACAACAUAUAUUACUGUCUUUCAUCACUCUCCCCAUUGUAUAUAUAAGUUUAUUUUAACAAAACUAAAGUGAAGUUAAAAAAAAGUUUGUAAUGCAACUUGAUAAUCUAGAAUAUUUUCUAUCUUUCCCUCA